GAAUGAAGCCUCAUUUUCCUCUUCCAGCUGCGACUCGAGGUGUGAGCACUGUGGUGUCUCAGGGAAGUGACGCAGGUUCUCAAUGCUGACCUGCCUUAAUGGUCUUCACUUGGCGGGACAUUGAUUUAUUGUCCUCACGAGCCUCAAGUGACACUGUUUGCUCUUUCCCCAAGGGCUGGUAGGCCAGCAAGGUGACAACUGGUGACUGGAGGUGACCACUGCUCUGCGCUGGGAGAGUGACACAUGUGUGUGACGGCCUCUCCUCAGCCCUUCUCAAAAUGUUUGUGCAGGAGCAGCCAUAAAUGCGGCUGUAUCGACCCGAAGAUGCAAUCCAAGGCGCUUGAGCCUAGGCCUUAUCUACAUCACCUUAUCAGGAGCCAGAGAGCGAGAUGCACCCCGGGAAGGGAGGGGACUACUCCAGAGGGUUUGGCCUCGUCCCUUCUCUUCUGGCACGGGGAGGGACUGCGGGCAGAGCUGGGUAAUGAUUUGUCAUCGCGAGGACCGGGGUGUCUCUCUCUGCAGAGGAAACCGGGGCCGUGAUUGACAGUGGGGCUGUUUCUGCCACUUCCCCCGCUGCUGUCAAGUAAUAAUGAAGCUUUGUCAGUCCAUCAUGGACAUGGAUAUGCCAGAUUAUGUCGACUCCUUGGACUCCUCUUACACCAUGCUGGAAUUCGACAACCUCCGCGUGCUCCCCAAUAACACCGAGGCCAUCGCGGCCGAGUCAGCAAAUACCAACCUGCUCCCCAACGGUGUCAACUCCCUGUGCUCCAUCUGUGGGGACAGGGCCACGGGCAAGCACUACGGGGCCUCCAGCUGCGACGGCUGCAAAGGCUUCUUCAGGAGGAGCGUCCGCAAGAACCACGUCUACUCCUGCAGGUUCAACCGACAGUGUGUGAUAGACAAAGACAAGAGGAACCAGUGCAGGUACUGCAGGCUGAAGAAGUGCUUCAGAGCUGGCAUGAAGAAAGAAGCCGUGCAGAACGAGCGUGACAGGAUCAGCAUCCGCAGGAGCAGCUAUGAGGACAAUGGCUCUCUCUCCAUCAACAUCCUCACUCAGGCUGAGGCCAUGGCACAGCAGUAUUUAUCCCUGAGCCCCGUGCACAGCACAGACAUUGCCAUGAAGAAGAUUGCCACCAUCAACGACGUGUGUGAAUCCAUGAAACAGCAGCUCCUGGUGCUGGUGGAAUGGGCAAAAUACAUCCCAGCCUUUUGUGAGCUCCCCCUCGACGACCAGGUUGCCUUGCUCAGAGCCCACGCAGGGGAACAUCUGCUCCUCGGGGUGGCCAAGAGGUCCAUACCAUACACUGACUUCCUGCUGCUAGGAAAUGAUUUCAUCAUCCCAAUGCACUGCCCAGAGCUGGAGAUCGCUCGUGUGGCCACCAGAAUCUUGGACGAGCUGGUGAAGCCCCUGCGGGACAUCCAGAUCGAUGACAAUGAGUACGCCUGCCUGAAAGCCAUCAUCUUCUUUGACCCAGACUGCAAAGGGCUGAGCGAGCCGGGCAAGGUGAAGAACAUGCGCUUCCAGGUGCAGGUGAACCUGGAGGAUUACAUCAACGACCGCCAGUACGACUCGCGCGGCCGCUUCAGCGACAUCCUGCUGCUGCUGCCGCCCCUGCAGAGCAUCACCUGGCAGAUGAUCGAGCAGGUGCAGUUUGUGAAGCUCUUCGGCGUGGCCAGGAUCGACAGCUUGCUGCAGGAGAUGCUGCUGGGAGGAACCUCUGCUGAUCUCCAGUACCAGUCAGCACCUCCCAACCUCAACCUGGAACCACUGCCAGGACACGUCCUGCAAAGCAACAUGACCUCUGUGAUCCACACUGCUCCAGACCCAUCUCCUGAGACAUCCCUUCCAUCUCCUUCUGCCAGCACAGGCAGUGAAGACUAUAAACUAGGCUCUAGCGCGGGGCCCAGCACCGUAGUGCAGCUGCUGCCUCAGACAGCGAUGCCCAAGCAGGAGAUUUUAUAGGCAGAGGAGGAAGGAGGAGCUGGGAGCAGUGUGGGAUCCGUGCUGACAGCGAACCGGGCCCUUUCUCUGUGCAGAGGCCAGGCACAGCACGGCCCUGCCCGCAGCCUUCCCCGCCCGUGAGCCGGGACAGGCACAGCCUGCCCAGGAGCCUCGCCACGGGAUUGCCACCAGCAGCACCCCCGGAACAAGGACUGGGGUUGGUGCCCUCCUCAGCAGGGCCAGGACUGGCAGCUCUUCGGGUUUUGUGUUCGUGACCAUGGCUCGGGACCCUUCAUCAAUCCAGGGCCUCGCA